AUGUUAAGGAUAAAAAAGCAACUUUAUAAUCGGGAAAGUCCUCCUUCUGAAAGCGCUCUGUCCAGCUUAGCGCAUGGAGGGGCAAGUCGUUCUGUUAGGGGUCAUGCCCGUCAAAGGUAUGAGGCAACGAGAUCAACUGCUAUUGUUGAUCCGGCACUAGUGGUGGAGGUCGCAAAGCUCACUUACCUAAGAGGUAAGGCUGAAAGUGAACCUAUCGAUUCACUGGCACGAAUAGCAUUUCCUCCUAGCCCAGUAUACCUAAUGGCAAGAGCAGAUCCUUUUCCAUAUGCGGGAGUCCCCAGGCGGGCAUCUUGGAUUUGGAGGGGCAUCCUCUCCUCCAGAGAUGUGAUCCGGAAGGCCCUCCUAUUCAUAAUUGGCAAUGGUAAUUCCACCAGAGUUUGGGUCGAUCCUCAGGUUCGGGUUCCUUUAAUGCUGCAUUUCAAACCUGUAGCCAGAUCUGGAGAAUCUUUAGAUCCCCAGUGUUUAGGUUGUGACCUAAUGAUUCCAGGAGAGAAAAGAUGGGACAACAAU